AUUUUGUUCCUGAUUCGAGCUUACAACCAAAAAACAGAAAGAGAAAGGAAAUAAGGGAUCAGCAACAAAUUGGACGUCCGUUUUUUGGGCAGUGAAAUUGCGUGUUCGUUAAACGUCGGUGGUAACUGCCGCCGUUUGCCGGAGGAGAAAGAACCACCAUCGGCAAAAAUAGCCGUUGUUUUAGCCCACCGUUUAAAUAGAUGGGAAGCGUCGUCUGCAGCAGCUGCUCAGGCUUCCGGCUUCCCACCACCACCAACUGCAGGCUGCAGCGCCGCCACCCAGCACCUUCAUCCUCCUCGUGUAUAUUCUCCGACAGCAGCUACCGUCUGUUACCAUUGUCCUGAAAAGUACUACCAGAUAUUCUCAGCAGGGGAUGGCGCUACCUUACUCUCGAGUCGAUUCGGAUCUAAGGGCGCUCGCCGGACAAGCCGAGGGCUUCGGCCGCUUUGCCAUCGGCGGACUCCAUGGGGCCGUCUACCGCGUCACCUCCCUCGCAGAUGAUGGCCUCGGAUCACUUCGUGAAGCAUGCAGGAGAAAGGAACCACUAUGGAUAGUGUUUGAAGUUUCUGGUGUAAUUCACCUGUCGUCUUACCUGAAAGUAUCGUCUUAUAAAACAAUUGAUGGCCGUGGCCAGAGGAUAAAGCUUACGGGAAAGGGUCUGCAACUAAAGGAGUGUGAACAUGUGAUCAUCUGCAAUCUCGAGUUUGAAGGCGGAAGAGAUGCUGACUGCAUCCAGAUUAAGCCAAAAUCAAGGCACAUUUGGAUCGAUCGUUGUAGCUUACGUGAUUAUGAUGAUGGAUUAGUUGACAUUACACGAGCAAGUACAGAUAUUACUGUGUCCAGAUGCCAUUUUUCCCAACAUAAUAAAACAAUUCUUAUCGGAGCAGAUCCGACUCACAUUGAAGAUAGGUGUAUUAGGGUGACAAUCCACCAUUGCUUUUUUGACGGGACUCGUCAAAGACAUCCUCGCGUGAGAUUUGGAAAGGUCCAUCUCUAUAAUAACUACAUUAAGAACUGGGGGAUAUAUGCCGUUUGCGCAAGCAUUGAAUCGCAGAUAUUUUCCCAGUGUAAUAUCUAUGAAGCAGGACAGAAAAAGCAGGCCUUUAAGUAUCUAACAGAGAAGGCAGCAGACAAGGAAGAGGCGGGGUCUGGUUACAUAAGAUCUGAAGGGGAUCUGUUUGUAAGUGAUACAGAAUCUGGUUUGCUAGAGAACAUCGACCACAGUACUUUCUUCAAGGCUGGUGAGAUAUACCCAACAUGGACCAUGGAAGCACCCACUGAAGCUUUGAAAGAAGUCAUCAGAUUAUCUGCAGGAUGGCAACUUGUAGCACGCCCUGAAGAAGCUGCUGCUUAAAGAUUUAAGUAACUUGAGAAGAUGUGUACCUGUUUGUUCUUCAUCAAGAGGGGUGCGUUGCAACAAUAUUUCUGGUAGCUAGCUAGC